AAUUUUAAAUUUUUAUUAGAUGUUGAAAAAUGAUUGUUAAGUUAUAAAUUUAUCAUCAUAUGAUUUUUUAAAAUUAACUGUUUUUAUCACUCUGCUAUAUUAAUUGUUCUAAUUGACUUUAACAAUUAUUUAGUGAAAUAUUUAUAUAGUUCUCCUAUUAUUCUAAAUUUUAUAAACUUCAAAUUAUAAAACAGAUAAAUUAUUUUCUGUUUAUAUUUAAUUAACUGACAAAAUAUAUGUUUGUCAAAAGAAGUGUUAUGUCUUUAUGACCGUUUGCAAAUAUUAAAAACCCGGCCCAACUAAAUUUCUGACUUUAUCACCGUUCGGUUUUAAAAAAACACAGAAAUGUAGAGUUUAAAAAAAUAUAUUUGUCUAGAUAUUUCUGAAGACUAUCCCGAUGAGUCGAUUAGCGGGAGACACCGAGAAGCGGUGAAAGAAUCUCAAGUCUUUGCAAGAGAAUAGCGAUGCCAAAGCAAGAAACUGAAAUCUGUUUGUUAUUCAUUCGAAUCGGGGAAGACGAAGAGGACGAUCUGGUUGAUCAGGAAAGAGAUCCAAUAAGAAAACAAUCGAAGUUAGAGAUCGAAACCCAUUUCCAAAUCAUCAUGAAAAUCAGAAGAGCAGAGUGUUUGUUUCCGUUCUAGGGUUUUGAAAACGCAAAGAGCUAAUCGAUUGAAGGAGCUUCCGACAAUACGCAGGUUAUGUAACGGUGAAGGAGACACAUGGAAGAGCUUUGUUCUUUGGUCUUUGAAGCCACUCAUAAUCCAAACAAAAAAACUUACUCUACUUUGGCUCAAUGGAGAUGGAAAGCACGAGCAAAGAACACUGGUGGUUAUGUGACCUUUAUAGGUAUCCUACACCUCAAGCCUUGGAGCGAAGAUUCAGUUUAUGCCCAACACAUAGCAGUUAGUACAACCAGUUGCUGUUCACACAAGGUUACAGAAAACAAAGGUAUUAUAUAAUUGUCCAUAUCUUAUAAAGAACAAAUGUAAAGUAUAAGAUGAUGAAUGCAGAAACUGAUGGUGACAUAGUAGGAGACAUAGAUUGAUUGUCUGCUUCGGCUACAAGAUAGGAAAGGAUAUAAAGUGAUAUAAUGUACUGCAACCGUCAAAGAGAGUUCCUUUAAACAAUUGAAAAAAAAAUUGUUUAUAGUGAUAUUAGAAGCCAUAGAUGUUAGAUGUUUCGAUGGCAGUGGUUUGUUUAGGAAGAGAGGAAGGUUAUUUAUAAUAAGCAUUGGACAUUGAUAGAUAUAGGACUUUGGUAAACUUGCGGGUAUCUCGUAAUCGUAUCUCAAGAGAUACUAAAAUUCGAUAUAGUUACGAUCGUAAUUCCGAAAAUUAGGUAGAUUUAGUUACCAUAUCUUGGAUAUUUGUAACUACUAUGUUUCUUAUUUCUUACAAUUGCUUUUAAUUCGUAUGAUUGUUGGCCAAGUUAAAAAUCAUAUUGUCAACUUAAAAUAAUAUAUAAGGCUGCCGAUUUUUAAUUAAAAAUAAUCUAGAAAAGACAGUGGCAUGCUAUUGUAAUUAACUUAAAAAGUAUGGGUAUAAUCCUAUUAGGUAUUCUGCUUUAAUAGUAUAGAUUCAUCUCAUCUUUCAACUUUCCUUAUAUAAAUUAACACUUAGCAAAGUGAUGAUUAUAUUUGAAGUACAAAAACACUUGAAACAGUAUUUAAAAUCUUCUUUAUUUGAGUAAGAAAUAAAAGGAAUCAAUUAAAACAAACGGCGUCGACUAUGCAAUGAUAGAAAAACGAUGGAUAAUCACAUGGCGCUUUGCCUUUUGUAGUCACGAAAAUACAAUCUAUUAAGAUUUUUCCAAUUAUUAGUAUUAUCUCAUUAAUCGUCAGAUAGAAAAUCCAAGAUGGAUACUCCAUGAUCGAUCUUGAUAACCCAACAUCUGACUAAUUCGUUGAAACAAAUUAACGCACUUAAAUUUAGCCGUCCUUUGUUUCUUUUCAACUUGCACUAUAUAUUUUUAAGUAUCAUUUACUAUCUUUUUAUAUGAUCAGUUAUGCAAUUGGAAGAAUAUACGGUAACUAAACUAACGUUAAUAACAACAAUAUAUUUGUACAUCAAUAAAGAUCUUUUUUACAAAACGUAAAUUGCUCCAUCAUUCUAUGAACAUGGAAAAGUUAUCUACACACCACAUGUCAUGCUUUGACAUCCAAUACAAAGGGAUAAAAUGCAUUUUCUUUUUAUUAAAUAACAACAAAUCAUGUAUGGUUUUCAAUCUUUUCAUCAUAUGAGGAACAAUCAUCAUCUUUAAAAUUAUUAAUAUUCUGACUUUGUACGAACAUUGCCUGACUACGAAAAAGAUAGUAAAAUAUAAAUAAAGAAAAUAAAUGUUAUUAGAUGGGGUCUCUCUCAAAUACAUAACCUUAGAUCGUAAAGAGAGAAAUACAUAACCUAUUGGAUCCAUGAGAUUAGUAGGAAAAACAAACAUUUCAUGAUAUCAAAAGGAAAAAGCUAAAGGCAAUCAUGCUAAAUGCUGAGUUUUGGACAGUAAAGGAAUGGUUGGCAAAAAGAAUACAUAGUAAAAUGAUGAAAUAAUGAAAGGUGUUUCAGUUUUUUUUUUCAUUUUAAUUUAAAAGCAAUAUUACCGUUUAAUAUUAUAAGUUUAUAACUGACAACAAAAGUAUGGGUUUUCACUCUCCAAUCUCAACAAUUAUUGGUCUUCACCAAUUGAGACAAUCAAAAACUGGAUUAUACACUGUAUAUGAAGAUUGGAUUUAAGAUUUGCUUGAGUCGCAAAUAUAAUAGAGUCACUGUUAAAAAAUUUCUUUAAAAAAUAUUGUCUAGACAAGUUUUAUAAAUAAAAAUAUUAUAGUUUAUAAUAUAACUUUAUUAUAGUAAUUAGGAUUUAUUCAAUAUUUUCUUAUUUUAUUAUUUUUCAAACAAUUUUUUAUCGAAAUUUUAUUUAUAAUUUAUAACUUUUAUAUUUCACUAUAUCAAAAUACAAGUAACUAAAAUAAAACUCUUUCAGUUGUUUCAACCUUAUGUCUUUAUUACUAACAAUUCAGGUUCAAAUCGAGAGUCCAAAAUUUGAAUCGAAAUUUGUUAUCUCAUAUGAAAUACAAAAGUAUCGGGAUGGAUAUUGUAAGAUGUUAUAGAACAUAUUUGAACCUGAAUUGUUAUUAACCAAAUCCAAAAAAUAACUAAAAAUCUCAAACUAACAUUCAGUAACUCAAUAUAUAUAUUUGAAACAUACAUAAGUAUUUCAAAUACUCAAUUCAAUAUUUAUUUUGAUAUAUAUGACAUAUAAAAAUAAGUAUUAAAAAUAAAUACUUUAAAUAUCUUAUGUAUAAAUAAGAAGUUCAUAAUUUGCUUGUUAAAAUAAUAACUCUAUUUGCUUGUUAAAAUAAUAACUCUAUUCUAUCUAUAAAGUAAUGCAUAUUUGUUUACAAAUAAUGUUUAUUUUUAUGCUUGAUUUAACAAUUUGUUGAUAUUCAUUAACUUGAUGAAUGUUUGACUAAUCUCUAUUCAAUUAAAGAAAAAUUCUAAUGUUUAUGUUUUCCUUUAAAAUGUUGUCUUCUACUUUAGAUAUAUCUUAAUCGAAUCAAUACAAUAUGAACCAAAUGAUAUAUGAUUACAUUAUGGUUUUAGGAUGUGGUACAAAUUAGAAUUGAAAUCCACCAGAUUCAUAGUUACAGAUUUGCUUUAAUAAAAUUUACGAUGAGAUAAAAAAUAGAAUCAAAAUCCAAAAUGCUCGAUCCAAGCCUUGAUGCCUAACCAUAGCUUCGAAAAUGAAUAUUAGGCAUAGUAAAUCUUUGCCUCACACCGCUUCAGAUCUCUCUUGCGAACCCUCAAAAUCCAAUUAAGCUCACUUUCUCAUACAAAUAAAAAUCACACCGCCUGUUGUCACACAAAAAUGAUGCAUCACACCGCUUCACAUCUCUCUUAGCUUAUAAAAGUUUAUUCAAUCUUUUAUAUUUUAAAUGUAAAAAUCUUUACUUGUAUAAAAUCCAUUAAUAUAGGGUAAAAAGCUAGACAUUUUUUACAACUUAAUUAACAUGGCACUACAACUUCAGUUUAUAUCAACCAUACAACUUAAAAAAUCAUUAUAUCAUCAUCGUCUAUUAUUACUUUAGCUUUUUUCUUUGAUCUGUAAAUUUCAAUUAAAUAAUAUUAUAUCUAUACUUUGUGCUUUCUGCUGAAAUUGAUUAUACGAAAGUUCUCAGGUGGUGUGACAAAAAAGCUAAUCAUUUCUCAAAGUAAUCAGCUAACCCUUAAAAAAUUACAUCUGACAAUAAAAAUAAACUAUUUUAUUACAAAACCACUCGUUUAUAAAUGUGUGUGUAACAGAUUCUUGUUUGUUGUACACUCUCACCUCAAAGUCUUUCACAUUCGUUUUCCGACAAGAACAUAAAAAUUUCCAGAGAAAGUAUUGUUUUUAACUUUUUAUUUUGUUCAAAUUCAAGUUCCUUUCCUGUGAUUAACGAUACUUUAGCUAUUGAUCAUCCAACCGUCGUCGUAGCUCCACCGGUCUCUUCUUUUUUUCAGUUUCCGGCGACCUUUACCAUUCUCCGGCAGCAAAUCCACCGGUUACUAGAAUUUCAGACAAAAAAUUGACGAUCUCGGGGAGGCGUUUCUGUUCUGACAUACACCAAUUCCCGGUCUGGACAAAACCAACAAUCAAGUUUAUUCCGGCGAACCGGAACCGACUUCACCGGCGACUCACUUUUCAAACCGGAAAUGAAGUUUAUGGAACUAGGGUUUCGGCCUGAUACAUUCUACACUGUGGAAGCAGUAAGGUCUGUGUCUUCUGAUUUACAGAAUGAUCUUAUAAUCCAAGUAAAAUCCACCAAAUAUCUUCUUCACAAGUUUCCGAUGUUAUCAAAAUGCUUGCGUUUAAAGGACCUAGUCUCUUCACAAUCACAAGAACCCGAAACCUCACAAGAACAGAAAGUAAUCCAACUCGUUGAUUUCCCCGGGGAAACAGAGGCUUUUGAGCUCUGUGCUAAGUUCUGUUACGGCAUCACGAUCACUCUCAGCGCUCACAACGUAGUCGCGGUACGAUGUGCAGCGGAGUAUCUCGGUAUGACUGAAGAAGUCGAGCUCGGAGAGACAGAGAAUCUUGUCCAAAGACUCGAACAUUUCUUGACUUCUUGCGUUUUCAAGAGUUGGAGAGACUCACUUGUUGCUCUUCAGACCACAAAGGCUUUACCUUCGUGGUCUGAAGAUCUUGGCAUCACUAGCCGUUGCAUCGAGGCGAUAGCCAACGGUGUAAAUGCAUCUCCAGGUGACGAUUUCUCGAACGUAAUGGAGACGGGGUUGUCGAGAAACCGGUCAAGGAGAAGAAGAGAUGAAAGCUUGUGUAAUGGUAAGGCAGAGAGCUCGCGUUGGUGGGGUGAAGAUUUAGCUGAUUUGGAUUUGGAUCUUUACAAAAGAACAAUGGUGGCGAUAAAGUCAUCAAACCGGAACGUUUCUCCGAGAUUAAUCGGGAAUGCUCUUAGAAUCUAUGCAUCUAAAUGGCUACCAAGCAUUGAAGAAUCUUCUCCGGUUUUGGAAUCGGUUAUCUCCCUUCUACCAACCCAAAGAUCCGCUGUUCCUUGUAGCUUCUUGCUUCAGCUACUGAAGACGGUUAACGUUAUGAACGUUUCGCCUACUUCGAAGAUGGAACUCGCGGUGAAGGCUGGGAACCAGCUUGAUAAGGCAACGGUAAGCGAGCUGUUGAUACCCUUAUCGGAUAAGUCUGGUAUGUUAUACGAUGUGGAUGUUGUGACGAUGAUGGUGAAGCAGUUUCUGUCUCAGAUCAGUCCUGAGAGAAGACCAACAAGGACACAACAUAGAAGAUCUCGUUCAGAAGAAAACAUGGAGGAGAUACAAGAGAUCAGAGGAUCUCUCUCUUCUUCAUCUUUUCCUCCGUUGUUGGUAAAAGUAGCAAAGCUUGUUGAUUCUUAUCUUCAAGAGGUUGCUAGAGAUGUGAACUUAACCGUGUCGAAUUUUGUUGAGUUGGCUGAAUCUAUACCGGAUCUUUCAAGGAUCAGUCAUGACGACUUGUACAAAGCCAUUGAUAUCUAUCUUCAGGUUCAUCAGAAGAUUGAUAAGAUUGAAAGAAAGAGGUUAUGCAGAAUCUUGGACUGCAAGAAACUAUCAGUAGAAGCAAGCAAGAACGCUGCACAGAACCAGCUGCUUCCACUGAGAGUGAUUGUGCAAAUCCUCUUUGUAGAGCAAGCCCGAGCUUCGAUUGUUACAAAUACAAACAAUAUCACAAAUAAUGAGACAGCAGUUUUGAGAAGAAGCUUUACAACAAGAAGAGAAGAAGAUGCAGAUCUAGAAAGAGUUGAAGUUAAACCUAACGGAGGAUUUCAGAGCACUCCUUCGAGGUUUAUGGCGUUGUGCUCUAUCCCAAGGCAACCUAAGAAGAUGUUUUGCAAGUUAUUGUCGAUCAGUAGGAGUUUAAGCCAACGGAUUUGAAAAGAAAAGAUGGUGGGAGAUUUUUUGUUCUACUGGUUUCUUGUCGCUCAAGUCAAGUGUUUUUCAUUGUCUCUUUGAAGCUUAUUUGAUUUUGGAAAAUUCAUUUCUCGUACCACAUUGUAAAAGAGAAUAAUAAAGAAAAUAUGUACAUCAGUUUUUAUUGGUUUUGAGAAAAGAGAAAUGUAUUUGAAAGAAA